AUGAUGAAGUGGCUCUCUCGUCAGUCCCAGAUACAGCAAGCUCUAAAAUACUGGGCCGGGGGUAGUAUUCUGCUUCGAUGUCAUCACUUCUUUUCGGUGGAAGGCGGGAAUUUCCUUCAAAAGCCGCGGGAAGGGAUGCUUCGUAGCAUCAUUGUGCAGCUCUUGAGGGCCCAGCCCAGUCUGGCUGCAGUUGUGUAUCCUGAGCUGUUUACUCCGGAACGACUCUCCGCUCCAAUAGACUCGGCCAAGUUUCCAAUGAAUCAUCUCAGUUGGUCUGGGCUCCUGAACGCUGUCCAAAAAAUCAUCGCUCAUGCUGGGAAAAGCGACUGGAAGAUUUGUAUGUUUAUCGACGGCCUGGAUGAAUACCGGAAUAUCAAGCGUGAAGACCGGUACACAGAGGCGGAGCUGGAUAUGCUCAACGACGGAGAUGACAGUGGCAAUUAUGGACGCGAUGUUGAAACACCCAUUUCCACCGAUCAAAGAGAAAUUGUCGAACUUCUCCUUGCCAUAUUGAAACCUUGGGUGCGACUAUGUAUGUCCAGCCGGGAACUCAAUAUCUUCGAAAGCACGCUUGCCAAAUUUCCACGGCUAAGAAUGCAGGAGCAUAAUAAGGCUGACAUUUUAAAGUACACAUGGUCCAAGCUGAGCCGGCCGGAAUGGGACCAGGUGGACAAAACGUCUUUUGUUCAGGAAGUCGUCGACAUGUCAUGCGGGGUGUUUUUAUGGGUUCGCUUGGUAGUUGAUAUCCUUAUCGACAGCCGGUCAAAUGGUGACACGGCCAAGCAGCUUCGGGAGGAACUUAGGAAGACGCCUGUACAACUGUGUGGACCUAAAGGACUGUACAUGAAGAUGAUGAGCAUGGUACGCCAUGACUAUCUGCAGGAGAGUGCGCGCAUCUUUCAACUCGUCCUCGGCGCGAACAAUCCGUUAGACCUGGAGACAGCGUAUUUUGCUCUGAGUUUCUUCGAGGGGGAUAAACCCAACUUUCAACCAGCUCUCAGCAUGGAAACCUCUGUGAAAGAAUCACUCGACAUGAGUGAUGUUAAUGCCGCCUUUCGACGAAAGAUUAAAAGUCGUUGUGGUGGACUGCUGGACGAAGAUUCCCAACAUCUGAAGUUCAUGCACAACACAGCACGGGAGUUCAUCAUCAGGCCCUCAACUUGGAAGCGACUGGAACGCAUAUUCGAUGAGGAGAACUUCGAGGUACCCCAUGCUCUGUUAGCUGGCCUAAUUAUGCGAGUGAAGUCAGGUCCCGAAUACCUGCGACUUAGGCCUCAAUACGAACAUGUACCUGAUCAUUACGCUUUUGUUACAGACGCCAUGCAUUUCGCGUAUAUAGUCGACGGGAAGACGAGAUACAAACCAGAAUAUGUCGAGUUGGUGGAUACGCUGGAUCAGGCCAUGACGAAAAUGGUCGAAGCAGCAUACCCUCAAAAUUGCAGAUGUGGAUGUAGAUGUGCAUGGCCAACAUUCGAGCCAAUGGAGUCCGGAGCCUGCGACAUUUACGACACUUUUUUUUGUUAUGCUGCUCGAGGUGGUCUUUCAACCUAUCUUGAUGCCAAGCUUUCUGGAAUGUCACUGCCAAUUACCAUGGCUCAGAAGGUAUUAGCUCACUACUCCAAGCCCGUCCGUGGGGGGAUACCAAUGCUUUGCUUUUCCGGGACACGAUAUAUCCCUAUAAAUUACCCUUACGGAGAUCCAAAUGUCGCUAGAGUUCUUCUGAAGUACGGCGCGGACCCAAAACUAGUGUGGGAAAGCUUCUUGAGACAAGGCUAUUACUGCUUCGGUCGAGGUUCUAAUGGCAUUUACCAAUACUUCCGAGCACAUGUCGACAUGCAAGCCCAGGAUCAGAGGCGCUGGAUUGAUGUGUUGAAACUCUUUCUUGAGCAUGGGGCGGACCCAACCGUUGUCGUUAAAAGGACCUACUUGAUGACCGAUGCGAGUUCCGGGAAGUUUGGGUAA